UGAGGCAGAGAUGCGAUAGGUGAAGAAAUAUAAAGGGAGCGCAUCCAACGUUAUUUUCCAUUCUCUCGUAAUAUCAAUAUUGUAGCUUCAAUUGCGUCCAAUAAAGCCCCAAAAAAAUAACGGCGUUUACCUCGACUGCGGCGGUAUCCUGAUGCCUGACGAACAGGCCUGUGGAGGCGAGCGGCGUUUCUUGCCAUCGCAUCCCGCCCAUCCGACCGUCCAUCAACAUAUCGCGAUAUGCCCACAAAGCGGCGUAUUUCCUCGACUUGGGGAAUUAUGGGCUAGAACAUUAUACGAACUCUUGAACGAUAUUGAGGAGAAGCAAAGGGAACUCACAGAUCGCCAUGAUCGCAUGGUUGCCACAGGCAGCUAUGCCGGCCCCGAUGAGAAGAAAUCCACCAACGAAGACAUGAAGAGGCUCAAAGUUGAGCUAAGAGAGUUACUACUUACCUAUGGCACGAUGCUUGGCGUGUGUGGAAACGUCGCAGCACUACCAGACCCCACCGAGUUCCAUUUCGAAGACUUCCACGAAGUAUACAAACGCUGUACUCCCAAUGGAAUACUCCCUACCGUAUAUGGCUCUUUCCCAGGGCCCAUCGACCGCGACCUUUGCGUGCAUACAGCCCCACCGUCGAUGGAUCCCUUCUCAAGAUUGAUCAUACGGCUUCUCAAGUGGCUUUCUAAGAAGCCGCUCUUUAGACGUUGCUUUAACGACAAGUCAACUAGAGAGCGAGGCUUCAUGACUCGAGGUAUUCGUCGAACUACUCACGUGAUCACGUGUGCCAUUGUCCCACUGUUCUACUCCGCAUCUAUAGCGACGUUGUACGCGGUCAAACCAAUGACAAUCCGGCUUGCUAUCAUUCCUGUGUUCUUGCUGGUAUUCGCCCUAUCGGCAAUCUUCCUUGCAGGAUCCAGUCGGAACGAGAUGAUAAUAUUUAUGUCGGCGUAUGCAGCUGUGUUGGUAGUCUUUGUGAGCGGCAACAUAUCAUCUCCUUGAGGCCGACACUCAGAGAAUUUUCGAGAGAGAUGAGGUCGAGAGAAGUAAGUGCAGCCUUCCCUAGGUUCCAGUCCACUCACCGCUCCGUUCUCCGGCCGACCAAAUCCUCAAC